AUGGCCGAGCCCGCGUUACAAUCACUACGCACCAUAAGCGAACAGGUCGGAAGCACCAUCCGUCCGUACGUCAUUCCCUUCGCCGUCAUCCUCGCUAUAGUCAUCCCCAUCAAUCUGGCAUUCCAGUCGAACCCCAGUCUGCUCUCCAGCGGCUGGAGCAGCGGCGGAGGCUCGGCAGCGUCGCUUCCGUACCAGCCUCCUAGCCUCGGAUGGGCUGCAUUUCUGUUUCCAAGCAUGAGCGGCAUUGACGCGGCCAUUUGCCGUGCAGAGGAGAAUUACUGGGAGAACCUUGUGCUGAGAAGGAAGGCGUGCAAGGGAACGCUGUACCCGCCACCAGCAUCGAUGACAGAUGUCGUCAUGAAAACUCUCGUGCUCAUCCCCACGUACCCGUGCCCGGCGAACGAGCGCAUUGGGGAGUGGGGGGACGGUGGGAAGUGGACUUGCCUGCUGCCAGGCGCUAUUCAGAAGAAUCCCAUUGUGUACAGCAUUGGCAGCUUCGGGCAGUACUCGUUUGAAGACUCAAUCUACAAGAUUCUGCACGUGCAGCCACACACGUUCGACCCGUUCCUCGUUCCCGCCACCGCUGCCCGCAUGCAAAACGUCUCUUGCCUCCACUUCAACCCCAUCGGCCUCUCGGCUGCCUCCGAGCUCCAAAACUACACCGCCAAGUUCCCUACCAUGCAGUUCAUGACUCUGGGAGGGAUCAUGCAGCUGUUGAAUCAUACAUAUGUUGACGUUUUCAAGAUUGACUGCGAGGGGUGCGAGGAGGCUCUGAUUCCUGAGAUUGGGGAGGCGAAUGGGAAUGCGGCUUCGCAGCUGAGUUUGCACGGGGGGACGCUGCCUUUUGGGCAGAUCUUGGCUCCUGCUCUCGAAUGGACUGGGAGGAUGUUUUCCAGUAUGAGCGGCUUCGACGCUGCGUUAUGCCGAGCAGAUGCAGUUUAUUGGAAGAACAUUGCUCGCCGGAAGGAGGCGUUGAACGGCGUGCUACAGCCCAAGAUGUGGAACCCCGUGCGCAUGAAGGAGCUGGUGCUCAUCCCCACAUACCCGUGCGCCAUCAACGAACGCAUCGGCAAAUGGGGGGACGGCGGAAAGUGGACGUGCCUUCUGCCCAACGCCAUCCAAAAGACUAACCCCGUCGUGUACAGCAUUGGGAGCUUUGGCAUGUACUCGUUUGAGGAAUCCAUGCACAACAUACUAGGCGUGAAGCCCUACACCUUCGACCCCUUUCUUAAUCCGACCAACUUGGAAAUUAUGAAAAACCUCACAUGCCUUCACUUCAACGAAAUCGGCAUGUCUGGGGCGGCAUCUCUCGCCGGCUACAAGAAAAACUCCCCAGACAAAAAGUUUUUGACGCUGCCCGAAAUGAUGAAGGAGAUGGGGCACACUUAUGUGGACGUGUUCAAGAUUGACUGCGAGGGGUGCGAGGUGGAAAUGAUUAAGGACUUGGGAGCCGCGUAUAUGAACACGGGGAAUAAGCUCGCGCUGCACGGAGGGAAUCUGCCGUUCGGACAAAUCCUCAUCGAGUUGCACAACAUGAACAGUGCCCCUAUAUCUCUCGAGACCUUCUACACUCUCGAGAAGCUGGGCUAUCGCAUGUUCAGCAUCGAGUACAACCCCUACUGCCCCAUGUGUGUCGAAAUGAGUCUCAUUCACGAGAGCCUUGAGAACAUUGAGCGCAGGCGCAAGGAGUUCAAAGGCGCGCUAUUGCCGAUGCUGGGCAACCCCCGGUUUGAGAACGUUGAGCGCCGGCGCAAGGAGUUCAACGGCGACCUACAGCCGAUGCUGGGCAACCCCGUGCGAAUGAAGGAGCUGAUCCUCGUGCCCACGUACACGUGUCCCCUCAACGAGCGCAUCGGGAAAUGGGGCGAUGGCGGGAAGUGGGCGUGCAUGAUGCCGUCUGUCAUCCAGAAGAAAGAUCCGGUCGUGUACAGCAUUGGCAGCUUUGGAAUGUUCUCGUUCGAGAAGGAGAUGCACCAAAUGCUGCGCACCAUGCCCUACACAUUCGACCCCUUCCUCCCCCCUGAAAAGCGCAACAUCAUGGCCGCCCUCCCCUUCCUCCACUUCAUCGAAAUCGGCCUCUCCGGAACCGCCUCCCUCCCCGUCUACCGCACAAGAUUCCCCGAGAAAAAGUUUGCGACGCUGCCCGAGAUGAUGGGGCAGUUCGGGCACAGCUACGUGGACGUGUUCAAGAUUGACUGCGAGGGGUGUGAGGUUGAGUGGAUCAAGGACCUUGGCAAGCUGUAUAACAACACUGGGAAGAGGCUGGCUGUGCAUGGGGGGAAGCUUCCUUUCGGGCAGAUCCUCAUCGAAUUCCACAACAUGGACAAGAGCGUCAAGACUCUCACAAUGGUCUACACGCUCGAGAAUCUCGGCUAUCGCAUGUUCAGCAUCGAAUACAACCACCGCUGCGCCGUGUGCUGUGAGAUGAGCUUCAUUCACGAGAGCCUUGUGCGCCCAGAUAGUGCCACCGAUUGCCGCCCGUUCCUGGCUCCCCCGCUAGAGGACAAGCUGGAAGUGGAGGUGCCUGGCAGCAAGGUGGCUGCUGAGGAGAUUGAAAAGGAGAAGAAGGGAGAGGACAAUGAAGAAGAGGAAGAGAAGGAGGAGACGGCAAGCGAGAAGGUUGUUGGAAACAGGAAGGUGAAGGUUGGAGGGAAGGGCAAGGAGGACGGGAGCAGCAAGGGGACUAGCAAGGUGACCAGCAAGGGGAGCGUGAAGGAAAGAAGUACCAAGGUGGGGAAGAAGAUCAGCAAGGAGAAGAGCAGCAAAACGAGCAAGAAGGAAACCAAGGAGGAGGAGGAAGAGGAGUGA